UUGUCUGCACCUCCAGGGGUGGACGGGCUGGGCCAGGAGCUGGGAGCGUUCGAUUUUAAACACAGUCCAACAGGUUUCCAAACCCAUGCUCUGAUACGCACAGCACCGGCAGUGUGCAGGGGUGCCUGUGGCUUCUCCCGCGCAUCGGCGUCUCCUGGUCCUCUGACCUGCGUUUCCCUGGCUGUUCUGGCGUUCCCGUCGCCUCCCCUGUCGGCUGCUCACCAUGCUCCUCUUCCGUACAAUCCCGCUGGCCUCUGUGGGCUGCAUCUUCCCUUUUGCAUUUGCAGGAACCCUCACGUGCUUCCGUCUCCACAGUCUUGUCGGUUGUUUGCAGGAGGUCCUGGCCCUCUGGCCUGUCACCCGCCUACAGCCAACUCCUUGGGACUCUGCUGUUCUCGCUGUGGGGAAGGACGGUGUGUGACUAUGUGGUCUGACGCAGGGACCCGCCAGUGAGGGGCCUCUUGCCCCCAAUCACAUCCUCCUAUCCCUUUCUCUGCCCCCAAACCCCCAGGGCAAAGACAGCCUCCGGAUCCUGGUGGAGCCCGAAGGGGACAGCUUCCCUCUGAUGGAGAUCGGCACCUGUGAGGCCGAGGCCUCUGAGCAGUGGGACUAUGUCCUCGUGGCCCAUCAUCGCACCCAGGGAGACCCCCGGCAAGAGCAGUUCCUGGAGGAGCUCAGGAGAAAGGGCUUCCACAUCAAGCCCCAGACGAUACAGGACCAGAAACGGGUCUUCUUUGGGAUCCGUGCUGACAGCCGCAUCUUCGACCUGUACCGCACCCUCCUCCUGGAGCCCGAGGGGCCUGCCCCCCACACCGAGCUGGCCGCUCCGACCCCCGUCCCGGUCACCACGAGUCCUCCAGCCCGGGAGGGAGCCUCCAAGCCUGGCCCUCCAUGCCCCCACGACCUGCCCAGCCCCGUCCAGGCCCCGCAGGGCUCAGCCAGAGCCUGCUUUGUGGACCGGCCAAGGACACUCCUGGCAGUGGUCACGAGGCAGUGGAGGGGGCAGCGGAUCCGUGAACAGAGAGCUGUGGGUCUUCGGGGGUCGCCAGGGGGCAUCAAAGAAGGGGAGGUGGCUUGA